AUGUUACAGAGAAUAGUUUUUUCUGUGUGCAUAUUUAUGUUGCACACUGUUGCUGCAAGCGGACCUCAGUCAUACCAGAAGUUGGAUUUCACAAACGUUGGUUUUACAGGUUCUUAUGUAAACGUGAAUAAGUUUAAAGAUAUCACCAACAAUGAAUCGUGCACUUGUGAAGUGGGUGACAGGAUAUGGUUUGAUGGUAAAAAUGCACCAUUAGCAGAUUACCUGUCUGUUCAUUUCCGUGGACCAUUGGAGUUGAAACAGUUUGCCUUUUACACUUCCCCUGGAUUCACUGUUAACAACAGUAGAAGCUCUUCUGAUUGGAGUCGUCUGGCCUAUUACGAAUCCAGUAGUAAGACUGCUGAUAAUGUUACUUUUUUAAAUCACGGAGGCGAAGCUUCUCCUUGUUUAGGAAACGCUUUGUCGUACGCCAGUUCUAACGGUACAGGAAGUGCUAGUGAGGCCACUGUCUUAGCAGAUGGCACUUUGAUUUCUUCUGAUCAAGAAUAUAUAAUCUAUUCAAAUGUCUCGUGUCCAAAAUCGGGAUACGACAAGGGCUGUGGUGUUUACCGUAGUGGUAUUCCGGCAUACUAUGGGUACGGUGGUACGACCAAAAUGUUUUUGUUUGAAUUCGAAAUGCCUACGGAAACUGAGAAAAACAGCAGUUCUAUUGGGUAUUAUGACUUGCCUGCUAUUUGGUUGUUAAACGAUCAUAUUGCAAGAACUUCCCAGUAUCCAACAAAUUCGAACUGUUCAUGUUGGAUGAGUGGAUGUGGUGAGUAUGAUAUUUUUGAAGCCAUGAACGGUACGGAAAAAAAUCAUCUGUACUCUACCUUCCAUACUUUCCAGGGUAUUGAGGAUUUGGGCACUGGUAUUCAAUCUUACGGAUAUAUUUCAAGAAAUACUACAGGAACCAUGAAAGGUGGUGUUGUUUUUGAUUCUAGCGGUAAUGUUGUCUCUUUCAUUUCUGACGCUACCCCCUUCAAUGAAACUGUUUCUGCGGAGGCCGUUAACAAGUUAUUAGCAGCGAUCCCUCAAAAUGAAACCUAUUCUUCUGAAUUGAUGAGUAUUUCUGCCACCAGACCUUCUACCACCUCAAAAUCAAAUGGUAUUUCUUUAACGAAGAUGCAAAACGGUGUAUGGUAUUAUAUUCUGGCCAUUUUCUCUGCCUUUACGCAAGUAUUUUUGAUUUGA